UAUAAAGCUGAUCCGUUUGGCCGCAUCCCCCGCUUCCUCUUCUCCACCCCGCCUCAGUGACGUCACAGCCAUGGAGUCUUCAGCAUUACGCUCCGAAUAAUUUUUCGUUUGGAGGGGACGUGGCAGCUAUUCUUGUCAUAAUAGGUUUCUUUCUUCCCCGGCGGAGGUGAACUUUAGGAACCUCAUCACUUCGGGUUCAGUUCCUGUGACGCCCUUAACUGUUUUUGGCUUGGUUGAGGGUUUUGUGCAUGGAAGGGUAUAGAGAGUACAGCAGCUAGGGGUUUGUGACCACCCCCACCCUCCCCCUCGAAGCAGGGAACAACACAGGGUAAGAGUUGGGUUAGGGAAGUGAGAAUGGUGCGCUCCCCUGUCCGGCGUUCUCCUCGGCCCAGGUCACCCAGGCCACGGUCUCCUCGACCUAGGUCACCACGGCCUAAGUCACCUCGUAGGAAGUCCCCAUUGCGGCGACCAGCAUCACCCAGAAGACGGAGCACAGAACGCACCUCCAGCAGGCGGGGCCCAAGGAGUCCCCCACCCAAAUCUGCAGCCACCGGUAGUGGCAAUGGCGUUGCCAGUGCUGGGGGCACUGGGGGUGGGGGUAGUGGCCGCAGGCGGAAAGGGAGGCGGAGGUGGAGAACAGGAAGAGGUGGAGGAGGAGGAGGAGGUGGAGGGGGAGGUGGUGGAGGUGGAGGAGGAGGGGGAGGGGGAGGGGGAAGUGGAGGACCUCCCAUGUCUGGUGGUAAUAAGCAGCCCAUUGCCUCCAUGAGAAUGCGAAUGGAUGACUACCGACCACCACGAGCUGAGAGGCUGUUACGUGACCCUAAAGAAGAACGAGGCCCCAUAGAGCAGGUGGUGGUACGGGCACGGCGUGAAGCCUCCACCCGUACCAAGGACACAUUCUGGACCAAGAAGCUGCUGGAUGCUGAAGCUACUCAACCAAACAGGUGGGCACAUUCUGGAUUCAAGGAGCUUUACAGAGAUGAACUAGGCUAUAGUGACAUGGGGGAAGGUAGUGGAGAUGAGAAAGAAAGAGAAAACCGGGCUUCCUCCAGGCCAAGGGACCCUCGGGAGCCACCAGGUUUGGCUCCCCGCAAGGUGACCCCUCCAGCUCACCCCAGAUCCCCCCAGGACCCUCGGCGGAGGUCAAGGAGUAGAUCACCACGCUCUCCCAGAAGGUCUCCCCGGCGCUCUCCCAGACGCUCCCCUCUCAGGUCAAACCCCAGAGUCUCUCCACGGUCUCCCAGGAGAUCUCCAAGGCGAUCCCCAAAGCAGACUUUCAGGAGGAAGAGCUCUCGGUCUCCUCGCUCUCAUGUACACAAGAGGAAAUAUUCUAGUAGUUAUUCAAGAUCAUCCUCCAGUACCAGUGGUUCCUCUUACUCUAGAAGCUAUUCAUCAUAUUCACGUUCAUCAUCUGGCUCCUCAUCUUCCUCAUACACCAGCUCUUCUUCCAGUUCAUCAGGAUCCAGAAGACGACGAUCCUACUCCCCAGCACCCCGCAGACCUAGAUCUUAUUCAGGCUCUCCAAGGAGGAGAAGGUUAGGAAGAAGGCAGCCACCCCCUCCCAGUCAGUCAUCCCAAGUAAGGAUGAAAGAAAUAACCCAUCAAGAAACCACAAAAAAACUUGUCACCAAAACUGUCAGUAAUGUUGUGAUCAAAUCAAGAAAUGCUUCAAACAAAGUUGCUAAGCUGAAGAACAAAAUGAAAAUUAAAGAAGGUGAUGGUGUGGUACGGAGGAAAGCCAGGACUCCUGUCCCUGCUACAGUUAGUAAUUACUAUGAUGAAAACAAUGUUGUCGUGGUAGAUGAAUCUACUGAGUACAGAGGGCCUGGCACACCUCCCCGUGCACCUGAAGGCCGGCACCUGCUUGAUCCUCAUCACUAUAAGGUUGUACCACCUGACCACCCAGAUUACCACCGUCCUCCACCACCUCCCAGGGAGUCGCCAAGAUCAGAGGGAGAAGACACUGAUUCUGAGUCAUCUUCUGAUGAUGAUGAUGGUCCUCGACGAAUGACUCUAUCAGAGAGAUUUGGGAAGCUUGCACAGUUAAGCUCCCAGAGACAAGAAUAUGAAGGUGUGCGGAUGAAAAUUGUACGAGAAGGUGGUCAAGAUAAGAAGGUUUACCUUGAAACAGGUAGACUUCAGUCAAGGUCUCCCUCCCCAAGUGGCAGAAGUCGUGGCACCCAUCCAGCUCAUGAGCGGUGGCUGCAAGAACACCAGGCAGAGUACAGGGAGUAUCAGGAACGUUAUGGGGAAAUAAGGCAAUGGGACCCACACCGUGACCUACCAAGAGAGCUGCCACAAAACUGGGAUGAUGUGCAUGUGAGGUACCGCUACUAUAAGGAGUCUGGGUACUUUGGAGACAGGUCCAUUACCCUGGAUGACUACCUCAAGUGGGAGCAGUGGUGGUACCGCUAUCGAGACUGGCUUGAAAAGUAUGGGGGCACUCAAGAACUGGAAGAGAGAGAUUGGCAGUAUCGUGCUUCCAGCUAUGAAUAUGAGACCCGCGGGACCACAUCUGGGCAGGGCAGGUGGGCACGGAGAGAGCCAUCACGAGAAGCUGAUGACAGGAAAAGAAGACGAUAUUAAUGGCACCUUGCCUGUAACAUAGCAUAUAUCUCUUUCUUUGUUUCAUUUUAUUAUUGUCUUUUACCUUAAAGUAACCAUGAUAAUUAUUAACUAUUACGUAUAUACAAAGAAUGAUACGGGAAGCAGGUGCAUUAAGCUUGAGCAACGUAGGAAUUUACUUGAAUUAUUUAUUGUACUGUAUGUAGAUUUGGCAGAGAGCCUUGGAAAAGAUUUAUUGUAACAUUUGUAGUGUAAUUAUAUUUUCAAAAUUCCUUGCUUUGGUUUCAGAAUGAAUGAAACAAAACUUAAUUUGCCCACCUUUCUGUCAAUGUACAGUGUACAUUCAUAUGUUUUUAGGUAAUAUAAAUGUUUUAUUUUAGAAGGAUGAAGGAUAGAAAUGACAGUGCUGUAUGUAUUUCAUAUUUUAUCACAACUGUAUUUAAUUUAAUUUAAUUUUCACAUAGCAGUUGUACUUCAGUCUUCAGUGAUUUAUGUAGAUUUCAUAAAAUAAGAUUGAACAUGGUAUAGCAUGAUUUUAAGUACUGAAAUACCUUACAUGAGAACUUCAGGUAUAUUUCUUACUAAAUUUAAACUGUAGAAGUUGUGGAUUUGUAUCAAAUUCAUUGUAUUUUAUAAAAUUAAGAUCAAAUAUCAGCAAUUUUAACCACCAAUUUGAGUAUUGUUUUGUUAAUCUUGUUAUAAGAUGUAAUAGUACACAAGAAAUGUUUAUUAUUGACAUGAAUAAUGCAAGAGACACAUUAGUUGACCAGGUGUGCCACAUGAAUUUGACAGCCUCUUGCCAGUCUAGAAGGACAGAACAUUGUAAAGUUCAGGUUUUUAUGAUUACAAACAUCAGACACUCAUGGCAGACUUGCUAUGUAAAGAGUUAGUCAUAAUGAAUGAAUUUUUUUUUUUAUAUA